AUGGAAUGGAAAUACCAGUACAAACAAAAGAUACAAGAAAGGGAGAAGUUGUAUCAAGAGUUUUGGCAGCAGCAGCAGCAACAGCAGCAGCAGCAACAAAACCGCCAGCUAUGGCUAAAGCCGACGCAACAACAACAGCAGCAACAGGAAAUUCAUCUGCAAGUGUCUUCUCCCGAUGAAAUACAACAAUUACAACAAUACAUAUGUCAGCCAGCUUUAUCAAAAAGCCGAAAGCAGCGUAUGAACCAAAAGAAACGAGACGAAAAUAGAAAUAAAAAUGAAAAGAAACCAAGAGCAAUCGAUUGCGUACUAAGCGGUAUGGCUAGCGCAGGCGUUGCUGUUUUUAUGGGUGUUGUUGGUGUUGCCAUUAUGGCCGCUGACCUGUAA